AUGGACCUCCCGGCGGAGGAUGGGGCUGAGGCACCCCAGGAGGGGAACCCCGAGGCUGAGAGGCCCGAGGGGUCGCAGCGCCCGGCGGGGCAGUGGUCGGGGGUCGAGGUGGGCUCGUGGCUGGCGGCGCACGGCGGGGCGGCGGAGCUGGCUCGGGAACACGCCCUGACGGGCCGGGGGCUGCUGCGCCUGACCGAGGGGUCCCUGCGGCGCAUGGGGGUCGCCCCGCGGAGCCGGCGCCGGGAGCUGCUGCGGGAGCUGCUGCGGCUGCGGCUGCAGCAGGAGGUGCAGGAGCUGCGGAGCAUCGCUGGCAGCUGCGGAGCUGCGGAGGAGCUGCGGAGCAUCGCUGGCGAGUGAAGAUGAUGUCCCUGUGGAUGUCCCAGAGCCUGUGGGAGCAGAGG